AUGGUCUUGACCGCCGCCUCGAAAGUCUCGAGGUUGACGAUCGUACAAUUCAUCCUCCUCGUCGCCGUCGUGUUUCUCUCCCCCACCGUCCGUUCAUCGUCGCCGGAAUUCGAUCCGUUACGGCUACCUACGGACAACGACGGCGGUGAUGAUUCUCAUAUUUGCCCUCAAUCUGCGGGACCGGAUUCUUGCCCGGUCAGGUGUUUCCGGACCGAUCCGGUUUGCGGCGUUGACGGGGUGACCUAUUGGUGCGGCUGUGCGGACGCGCAUUGUGCUGGGACCCGGGUCGCUAAGCUGGGGUUUUGUGAGGUCGGAAUUGGCGGCUUCGGCUAUGGCUCCGGCGCCGGCUCCGUCACCGGCCAAGCCCUGUUGUUGGUGCACAUUGUUUGGCUCAUCUUACUCGGCAUUUUUGUCUUGUUCGGCUUUCUCUGA